CGUGGUGCCCUUUGAUGUUCGAGCUCCCCGACGUGUCUUCUGCUCAAAAGCAGUAUUUGUUACAGGCCGUGACUACAAUACUUUUCAUCUCGCCAGGGUCCUCCGUCUUUUUCUCUGUUGACUCUCGAAAAGUUUCAGCCCUUACAUAUUCAGACAAAAAAAGAAAAAUCACAAAAGUUUUUGACAGGAACGUGGCAGUGUCUUGUUUUGUUGUGAUUUUUUUUUUUUUUACAAAGAAAAAAAAAUGCCACAACUCAAUAGCGGAGGGGGAGAUGAUCUCGGAGCCAACGACGAAAUGAUUGCCUUUAAAGAUGAAGGAGAACAAGACGAAAAAAUUCAAGAGAACGCGUUCACCGAGCGGGACUUGGCCGAUCUGAAAUCGUCGCUGGUGAAUGAAUCGGAGAUCAGUCAAAACUCGCAUCAGCCGGUGGGUAGAUCAGGACAGCAGGAGGAGCAGAGGGUGUACGAAGAGAAACACAGGGAACACCUUGAACAUCUUGACGACGUACCAAAGCCUCAAGAUGCUGGGAUGUACAAAACAUCAACCUUUUCUGGAUACCCAUUCCUAAUGUUGCCGGAUCACUUUCAUCCUAAUGGACAAAUGUCACCAUCUGCUAACAAAGUCGCAGUGGUGCAGCAGCCCCAUGGGAUGCACCCACUUACAUCACUUUUGCCAUACAGCAAUGAACACUUCAACCCCAACCCUCCACAUCUGACACCAGAUAUGAGCCAAAAACCAGGUGUUCACAGACAUCAGCCCCAUGAUCUACCAAGCUUCUAUUCUCUGCCCUCAGGAGGAGUUGGCCAAAUUACUCCAUCCAUGGGUUGGCAAGGUCAGCCUGUCUAUCCACUUUCCUCGUGCGGCUUCAGGCAGCCUUACUCCUCCAGUCUCACCAGCAACUCCUCCUAUUCCAGGUUCUCUCACUCUCUUAUUAUGGGGCCAUCUGGAAUGCAUCCUACAGGGAUCCCACACCCUGCCAUAGUACCCUCUUCAGGCAGGCAAGAGCAUGACCAGUUUGACAUUAAGCCUCAUACAGAGUCAAAAAGGGAGAGAGAGCCUAAGAAGCCAGUUAUCAAGAAGCCGCUGAAUGCCUUUAUGCUGUAUAUGAAGGAGAUGAGGGCAAAAGUCAUUGCAGAAUGCACCUUGAAGGAGAGCGCAGCUAUCAACCAGAUACUGGGCCGCAGGUGGCAUGCUUUGACCCGUGAGGAACAGGCUAAGUACUAUGAGCUUGCCAGGAAAGAGCGGCAGCUACACAUGCAACUCUACCCAAGCUGGUCUGCCCGAGACAACUAUGGCAAGAAGAAAAGAAGGAAAAGAGACAAGCAGCAAGAUUCUACCUUAGACCCUGGCUUCCCUAAGAAAUGCCGAGCUCGUUUCGGUCUCAAUCAACAAAUGGACUGGUGUGACCCCUGCAGGAGAAAAAAGAAGUGCAUUCGCUAUCUUCAAGGAGGACAGUACGUCAGCCCCAAUUCUUCCGAUGGAAGUGCUCUAGAUUCGCCCUCCUCUCCUGUUCAUCACUUAACACACCCCACCUAUCCUCUAAACUGCCCCUUUCCUUUUCCAAAAGCAAAGCCUGUACAGACCGGACAACACCCUCAACACUCAGUCCUUGUGAACUCCCAAUUUUCUUCAGCAGAGCAAAAACAGAGAUCACAGUCCACAUCUCAGUAGUCAUUAUCAUUAAACAGUGAUGCCCAGAAACUCUUCUGCCUUCAGUGUUUUCAUAAGACACUAUAAAUAUUUUAAUGAGACACCAGCUUCUGUGUGUAUCACAUUGGAAGCAACUUGUUAAAAUUUUAAAAAUGUAUUCAAAUGAUAAUAUUUUCUUCCUAAAACUAAAAUAUAUGUUUUUCAAAUUUUAUUACUCCAGUUUUCCAUUUAUUUACAAACACAUUCUGAGUGCUUUGCCUGGAAACUUUCAUCCAAACUCCACAGUGUCAAGUAUGUUUGAAGAACAGUGAAUCAUGCCUCAUUUUUGCUGUUUUAUAAGUAUUAAAUUUUGACUUGAUUCAGAAAAGAAAUGUGCAAAACAUUUUCAAGUAAUAUUGGAGGGUUUAUAGUGAAUUAAUGCAGCUCAUCAAACUAUUGUGUUCAUUUACUUCAAAUUUAACUUCUUUAUUUUUUUUUCUAUGUAAAUCUUUUUUUUUUCUAUAUAUUUUUACACAGGUGGUGAUUUUAUUUUUUUUCUUUGGUGACAUCCAUUUUUAAUAUAUUAAACAUUUUGGAACUUUGUGAAUUUAAUUCUUUAUGGCAGUGUUAAAAAGAAAUCUCAAUUUUUUUACCAACCCUAAAAGAACUAAACAGAUUAAUUUAUGAAUACCUCUGAUUAAAUAUUAAGAAAUUAUUGUUGUGUUAAGGUAUUGCAUUUCCCAAUGUACUGCAUCUAUUGACCUACAUGCAUUGAAGUGUGUUUAAAUGGGUUUCCAUUCUUUUCUUUGCACAUUCUUAAUGCCUUUAGGAAGUAUUUACAUAAUAAUUGACAUAAUUAUGACUGUGAUUUAUCUCAAAGCGUUAUAAAUGGUCUUUAUUCUGCAAAGAUUCUCUGAAAUGAAAUGGUUUUGUUAUAUUUAUUUUGUUAUAAAAUUAUAUUUUUGUCAAAUUAAAAGUAAAAAAACAACAACACAUUUCCACAAAUAUUACACACAUUUACACAAAUAUAAUGGUCAGGUAAUGAGCAAACAGUAUUAACUGGACCAUGCUAAGACAAAACCUUCUAACUAUAAUGAGUGUCACAAAUCAGGUGGACAAAAGCAUACUAAGGAUUGUAAAUAACUGGUACGAACCAGGUGUGUAAUGGUCACCUAUAACACUGGUAGUUUGGCACACUUGCCCAAAGCCAUGGAAAUAGCCUAGUUUAGGUGUACAUUUAUCUGUGCACUGAUUAGUUCUCUUGACACCUGCUGGGAGUAUUUCUCUAUCUAUAUAACUUUAUUUUCUUUUAUGAACCUGGCUCUGAUCCAGACCUAGAUGCAGAGACUGCAAGUGCUCAAUGAUGUAAAUCUCUUGUACUUUCUCCCCCCAAAUACCUGUGUGAUCAAAUGGCUAAUGCAAUGCCAUUAUUAAGGACAGACCGACACUCAGGGGUUAUUGUAAACAAUUUAACCCUAAUGUCACUCCUAAUAAUAAAACAGACAUCAGAACAAAA